UAUUUCUGAAUUUAACAUUGUAAUGCUGUAUAGAACAAUGAAUGUUAUUUUGUGUGAGUAAAAUGCAUCUCAUUUUGCUUCAAAUAUCGUGAGUAAGUUUAUAGUAAAAGUCAGUCAGUGUCAAGUAACUUAUUUAUGAGAGAAACGGAAAGAUUUAGAUCGCAUUUCAUUUAAUUUCAGUUAAUAAUUCUCAUUUUAGUCAUGACAGCGUUUAAACAGAAAAAAACUGAGGUGACACUAUUAUAAAGAUGGCGUUUAUUAAAGAGGAGAGUGAAGAUGUGAAGAUUGAAGAAGCAUUCAGAGUCAAACAUGAAGAUACUGAGGAACAAACAGACCUUAUGCAGCUGAAAGAGGAGUGCAUAGUACCGAAUGAAACGGAAGAGAAAGAACAAUAUGAGACUCAUCAUGAUUUUAAAAUCGGAGAAGAAUCUUUCAGUUGGCCACAGAUUAAAGAGACUUUCUCACAGAAAACAGCUCAUAAAACAGGAACUAAAAGUUAUUUCACCCCUUUUCACUGUGAAAAGAGUUUCAAUGAACAUGGAAACCUUACAGUCAACAUGAGAAUUCACACUGGAGAGAAGCUUUUCACCUGCCAACAGUGUGGAAAAAGUUUUACUCAAAAAGUAAACCUUAACAGGCACAUGAGAAUUCACACUGGAGACAAGCCUUACACAUGCCCUAAAUGUGGAAAGAGUUUCGAUCAACAUGGAAACCUUAAAGUGCACAUGAGAAUUCACACUGGAGGGAAGCCUUUCACCUGCCAACAGUGUGGGAAAAGUUUCAAUAGAAAAGGAGACCUUAAUGACCACACGAGAGUUCACACUGGGGAGAGCCCUUUCACCUGCCAGCUGUGUGAAAAGAGUUUCACUCAAAAAGUAAACCUUAACAGGCACAUGAAAGUUCACACUGGAGACAAGCCUCACAUCUGCCCUGAGUGUGGAAAGAGUUUUGAUCAACUUGGAAACCUUAAAGUGCACAUGAGAGUUCACACUGGAGAGAAGCCUUACACCUGCAAACAGUGUGGAGUCAGUUUCACUCAUGAAGGAAACCUUUACAGGCACAUGAGAAUUCACACUGGAGGAAAGUCUUUCACAUGCCAACAGUGUGGGAAAAUAUUCAAUAGAAAAGGAAACCUUAAUGACCACAUGAGAGUUCACACUGGGGAGAGCCCUUUCACCUGCCAACUGUGUGGAAAGAGUUUUACUCAAAAAGUAAACCUCAACAGGCACAUGAGAAUUCACACUGGAGACAAGCCUUACACAUGCCCUGAGUGUGGAAAGAGUUUUUAUCAGAAUGGAUACCUUAAAGUGCACAUGAGAGUUCACACUGGAGAGAGUCGUUUUAUCUGCCAUCAGUGUGGAAAAAGUUUCAACCGAAAAGGAAACCUUAACAAACACAUGAGAAUUCACACUAGAGAAAAACUUUAUGCAUGCCCUCAGUGUGGAGAGAGUUUCGAUCUACAUGAAAGCCUUAAAGCCCACAUGAGAGUUCACACUGGAGGGAGUGCCUUCACCUGCCAACAGUGUGGAAAAAGUUUUACUCAAAAAGGAAACCUUAACAGGCACAUGAUAAAAUUACACAGCAUUUAUUAAAGGGGGGUCCAAUGCUGUUUCAUGCAUGUUGAGUUAUUUACACUGUUAAAGAGUUGGAUUCUCAUGCUAAAUAUGGCCAAAGUUUCAAAAAAUGAUUUUGACGUAUAACAGAGUAUUUCCGGGUUUCUUACAAGUUUCAGAAAGUUUUAUUUAUUUAUUUAUUUUUUUCGAUCAUGGUUCUUCGUGACAUAUUGAAAGGUGGAACUCCUUAUAUUGGGCAUUUCUCCCAGAAGAACGCGCCCGUGCACGCAUCGACCAGCGCGAAAGCAAGAGCGGGCCCAUCAACGCCCUUCAUUAGGCUGCACUGCACGGGACUCGCUCGGGAAGAAUGUCUCUAAAGUAGUGUGUAUUUGGUUGUAAGGGAAAGAUACAGUUAGAAAGAUUCUGAAUUUGCACAUCGUUUGAUAGUGCACUCUUUAGCUCCACCCACACAGCACGCCUCCAAGGAGCUCUGCUGUUUCCGGAGAGAAUCGAAAAGCUGUAUCUUUCUUUUAUUAUGAUAAAACUAAAAGACUUUUUGGAGAGAUGAAGGAUGCAAUACUACUCUAGAAGUACUCAAGUUUAACAUGAGAUUGACUGAAACUGUGAGUUAUGCCCCCUUUAAAGACAAACUUGAUCAACACAUUGAGGAUUCAUUUGAGAGAAUUGUUUUAUGUCAUCAGUGUGCAAGGAGUUUCGCAGACACAAAUCAUGUAAUAAUGUUGUGAUGUGUAGGAAGCUCAGAAGUGAAGACCAGGAGACUGGUUUAUAUUCAGCAGGAUUCUAUAUUGAGAAAGUGCUGUGUGGCACUGUUAGAGUUUGGGUACUCGAUCUUGGACUUGAGACUUGGACUCAAGACAUUUUGGACUCAGGAAUUUUACAGAGUAAUGUCAGAGUCCACAUCAUGUGUAACAUUUAAAAGGAUAGUUGACCCAAAAAUGAAAAAUCUGUCAUUAAUUACUCACCCUCAUGUCUACCCAAACCCCCUAAGACCUUUUGUUCAUCUUCAGAACACAAAUUAAGAUAUUUUUGAUGAAAUCUGUGAUCCUCCAUAGACAGCAACGCAACAGAAAUGUUCCCAGGCCCAGAAACGAAGUAAGGACGUCAGUAAAACAGUCCAUGUGACAUCAGUGGUUCAACCGUAAUUUUACAAAGCUACGAGACUACUUUAAGAGCACAAAGAAAACAAAAAGAAUGACUUUAUUCAACACUUCUUCUGUUCCAAAUCACAUCAUCCGCCAUUAUGGAGAGUACCAUGACGCAUGCAUGUGCUUUCCUCUGAACCUGAUGUCCUUACUUCGUUUCUGGGCCUGGGAACAUUUCAGUUGCACUGCUGUCUAUGGAGGGUCAGAAAGCUCUGAACAACACACAAUACACCUCAGUACUGCACAUCUGCAAAUAACUCAUCAAACCUUCAUGUGUAAGUAGCACAUAUGCACAUUCACAGUUCUGUCUAUGGACAUUUAUUUAUAUAUAUAUAUAUAUAUAUAUAUAUAUAUAUAUAUAUAUAUUGUUAUUUAUAAUUUGUCUAUUUUUUUACUAUUAAUAAUGUCUAUUGACUGUUGAAUAUUUGCUUGUUUUUGAGUAAUCUCUGGCCUUAAUAAAAGUUCAUUUUCAUUGACCUACAAGAUUUUGGCUAUGGCACUAGAAAAUUAAUCCAACGAAAAUAUUAAAUCGUCUUCCCAUACAAAAAUUCACCAUGGUUUUAUUAUAUUAAAAGUGGAGUAAAAAAGUUUUUGUUGUUUUUGCCGUAUUGAUUACCCGUUGUAUAACCACAGUUUUACUUUGAAUACCAUGGUUAAACUAUGGUUAGUGUAGCAGAACCAUGGUUAAUUUGUGGUUAUCAUGGUUUAACUACAGUAAUCAUGUUUUUGUUUUAUUUGUAGUAAAACCAUGGUUAAUUUGUUAUUUUUGAGCAAAAAAUAAAUGCUUUUAAAUUGUUACAAUAAUAUUAAAUGGUAAGAAAUGGUUCUAGACAACAU